AUGGCUAUCGCUGGCGCCCAACGGAAGCAGGUACUCAAAGUACUGAUGCUCUCAUUGCUGAUCGACCUGAUCUCAUUCACUUUCAUUCUGCCUCUCUUCCCCUCCCUGCUAUCAUUCUAUCGCACCCAGGAUCCAUCUCCAGACUCCCUGCUCAACCGCAUCUUCCACUAUUUGAACGCCUACAAAAACUCUUUUGCGCGCCCCAUCAAUUCGCGCUAUGAUAUCGUACUACUUGGGGGAGCUCUGGGCUCCCUGUUCUCCCUCCUCCAAGCGUUCGCCGCCCCCAUCAUUGGCGGCUUGUCGGACCGGUACGGCCGGCGUCGUGCCCUCCUUAUUUCCAUGCUGGGAAAUCUGAUGAGUGUGAUCCUUUGGGUGUCCGCCAAAGAUUUCCGCACCUUCCUUGCCAGUCGCAUUGUCGGAGGUAUCAGCGAGGCAAAUGUGCAAAUGGCCAAUGCCAUCGUGGCGGAUAUCACAGAUGUCGAGCAUCGUGGUUCCUCCAUGGCUUUGGUGGGGGUGUGUUUUAGUAUUGCAUUUACCUUUGGUCCGAUGCUAGGCGCGGGGCUGAGCACAAUUGAUGUCGUUGCCGAGAAUCCCUUCAUCGUCGCAGCAAUUGUGUCUUUCGCGCUGAUCCUCAUUGAAACAAUUUAUCUCUGGGCUUGCUUGCCCGAGACUCACCCGAAAUUGACGACGCUCCCAAUUGAAGGCGCGUCUGAGAAGACUGGUGCAACGACUUCGGAUGAAAAGAAGAAAUCAUCCUCUGGCAAGCGCUCUCAUACUAAUAACCCCGCUCUGCUCAAUGCUCUUCACUUCCUGUUCCUGCUUCCUUUCUCUGGACUGGAAUUCUCUCUCCCUUUCUUGACUACAACCCUCUAUGCUGGAACUGCAACAACGGCUAGCCCGGCCGCUCUGAACGGCCGUCUCCUGUCUCUCAUGGGAUUGGUCGCCUCUAUCCUGCAAGGCACUGUGGUGCGCCGUUUACCCCCGCUGCUUACCCUGCGCGUGGGCAUCGUGGCCUGCGCAAUUUCAUUCUUCUGUCUCGCUCAUGUUUCUUCGCCCUCUGGUCUGUAUGCUGCUGGUGCGCUGCUGGCUGUGACUACUGCGACGGUAGUUACAGGGCUGAACAGCCUGGGCAGCUUUGAGGCGCAAGAUGCAGACCGCGGGGCAGUCAUGGGUCGUCUGAGGGGAUGGGGACAGGCUGGUCGAGCGACAGGCCCUAUUGUGUUUUGUUCGUUGUUCUGGUGGGCUGGUCGUGAGGCUGCUUAUACUGCUGGCGGGGCGGCUAUGUGUAUUGUUGCGAUUGCGGCAUUUGGAUUGCUCAAGUCGCCUGUUCAGCACAAAAAGACUGACUGA